AUGUCGGGCAACAACAUCAAGGUCGUGUGUCGUUUCCGACCUCAAAAUGCACUGGAAAUCAAAGAGGGCGGUGUGCCUAUCAUCGACAUUGAUUCAUCAGGGUCCCAAAUCGACCUAAAGGGCAAAGACUUUCAAGGGUCGUUUGCUUUUGACAGAGUCUUUGGCAUGAAUACCCCUCAAAAAGAUGUUUUUGAUUAUUCUAUUAAAACUAUUGUCGAUGAUGUUACGGCCGGUUACAACGGAACUGUAUUCGCAUAUGGCCAGACAGGUUCCGGUAAAACGUUUACGAUGAUGGGUGCGGAUAUUGAUGAUGAGAAAACCAAGGGUAUCAUUCCACGUAUUGUGGAACAAAUCUUUGCCAGUAUCAUGGCAGCACCUAGCAAUUUGGAAUUCACCGUCAAAGUGUCUUACAUGGAAAUUUAUAUGGAAAAGGUUCGAGAUUUACUAAAUCCUGCUCAGGAUAACUUGCCUAUCCAUGAAGACAAAACCAAGGGUGUCUAUGUCAAAGGCCUGUUAGAAGUCUAUGUCGGUUCCUCGGACGAAGUAUAUGAAGUGAUGCGCCGUGGUAGUAAUAAUCGUGUGGUAGCUUCCACAAACAUGAACGCCGAGAGUUCUCGAAGUCACUCCAUCGUCGUCGUCACCAUUACCCAGAAAAACAUUGACACCGGCGCCGCCAAAAGCGGUAAACUGUACCUCGUCGAUUUAGCAGGUUCUGAAAAGGUGGGCAAGACCGGCGCAUCCGGACAAACCCUGGAAGAGGCCAAAAAAAUUAACAAAUCCCUGACCGCUCUUGGUAUGGUCAUCAACUCGCUUACAGAUGGAAAGUCGAGUCACGUGCCUUAUCGUGAUUCGAAAUUGACUCGUAUUCUGCAAGAAUCGCUGGGUGGUAACUCGCGUACGACACUGAUUAUUAACUGUUCUCCCUCAUCGUAUAAUGAGGCCGAAACACUUUCGACACUUCGUUUCGGUAUGCGAGCAAAGAGUAUCAAGAACAAGGCCAAGGUGAAUGCGGAUUUGUCUCCCGCGGAAUUGAAGGCCCUUUUGAAAAAGGUCAAAUCCGAAACGGUCACUUUCCAGACCUAUAUUGCUGCCUUGGAAGGCGAAGUCAAUGUGUGGCGAACGGGUGGGUCGGUCCCCGAAGACAAAUGGGUUACCAUGGACAAAAUUACCAAAGGCGAUUUCAAUGCCUUGCCUCCCGCCGCAGGAUUCAAGAGUCCUAUUGACGAUUCAUCGCGUCCCGCCACGCCCGCCAUUGUUUUGGAAAAGGACGAACGCGACGAGUUGCUGAAACGCGAAAACGAACUCAUGGAUCAAAUUGCUGAAAAGGAAACGGAAUUAGCCAACCGUGAGAAACUGCUGGAAUCACUCAAGGAAGAAAUGUCGUACUAUAAAGAUCAAGAACAAAUUGCGACGAAGGAGAAUCAGCAAAUGACCACGGAAUUGAGUGAAUUGCGUCUUCAGUUGCAAAAGAUUUCGUACGAGAGCAAAGAGAAUGCCAUUACUGUCGAUUCUCUCAAGGAGGCGAAUCAAGACCUGAUGGCUGAAUUGGAAGAGCUAAAGAAGAAUUUGUUGGAAAUGAGAAUGUCCCACAAGAGCCACCACGACGAUGAAAAAGAGAAGAAGAAGGCCGAAAAAAUGGCUCAAAUGAUGUCCAGCUUUGACCCAUCCGGCGAAAUCAAUGAAAAGGAGCGGCAGAUCCGUGAUGCUCUCAAUAAAUUGGAUGCCGAGAAUAAUGGCAAUCUCAGUAUUGAAGAACUGGUGUCGUUGCGACGCGAUUUGGCUGAAUCCAAAGUGUUGUUGGAUCAACAUGCCAAAACCAUCAAUGAUCUUACCUAUGAAAAGGAGGUCCUUGAUAAGAAGAAGGCCGAUCUGGAAGGUCGCUUGGGUACGCUCGAACAAGAAUACGAAGAGCUUCUGGACAAAACCAUUGCUGAAGAAGAAGCCGCGGUACAAAAGAACGUCGAUAUUGCCGAAACCAUUUCCAGCCUCAAGGCGAAAUUGGAGGCCCAGUAUGCAGCCAAGAAGGAAAUGCAGCAAAAGGAAAUUGAUGACCUUAAACAAGAGUUGGACCGCAAGAAUGAAAACCAUCAAAAACUCAGCAACGCCAUGGCCGAUCUUAAAGCGGCCAAUGAUCAGCUUCAGGAUAGCGAACUGUCUGACAGAGAGAAAUACUUUGAACGCAUGCGCAAGACCAUGGCCAGUCAGUUGGCCGAGUUUGAAGUGACCAAGAAGGCGCUCAUGCGUGAUCUUCAGCAUCGUUGCGAGAAAGUGGUUGAACUGGAAAUGUCUCUGGACGAGACCCGGGAACAAUACCACAGCGUGCUUCGCGCAAGUAACAACAAGGCCCAACAAAAGAAGAUGGCCUUUUUGGAACGCAACCUCGAGCAGCUCACCAAUGUGCAAAAACAGCUUGUGGAACAGAAUGCUUCAUUGAAGAAAGAAGUGGCCACUGCCGAGCGUAAAUUGAUCAGCCGCAAUGAGCGUAUCCAAAGCUUGGAAGCAUUGCUGGAAGAUGCUCAAGAGAAGCUGAUUAUCCAAAAUCAGAAGUUCGACGUGCAGUUGCAGGCCGUGAAUGAACGUUUGGCUCAAGCCCGAUCGCAGCAAAAGAUACAAAGCUCCAUGUCCAGUUUGAACUUUGGCCGCAUUGCCAAGCCUCUUCGUGGUGGAGGCACCGUAGUGGAUAAUGGCGAGAAUACCCCUACAUCACCUGAUAAGCGUGAUAAACGUACUUCUUGGAUCCCUGGAUUCAUGAACUCACGAUAG